GACUGUUACCGUCUGUCAAUAAACAAACAAGGUCGUCAGAAGCAGAAGGUGGGCAAGCCUGUCAAUCAUCGAGUUAAAGACCAAGAAGAUAUUUGUAACUGGUAGAGAAGUUACUUCUGUUAUAUCAAUAGGUUUUAUUUGAAUGUGAUCACUGUGAGCAAAGAUGAUGAUGAGUGCCUUCAACAAGUAAACUUGCGAUCAUGUCAGAAACACCGCCCCCACAACGCAGAAACUGGCGAUGGAAAUGGAAAAAGAGAAAACCUUCAAACAAGAGCAGAUUUCAUCAGGGUGGUAAACAUCAGCGGGAUAAUAAUCACCAUAGCAACCAUCCCCCAGACGGAGACGAGAAACCAUCGGUUGCUACUAGUAGUAGUAGGGGUCAACGGUCAUCAUCUGGCUCUGGACAUUUUGACGACAGAAUCCCAGGAGCAUCUGGUUCUGGUGUAUCUCAUCAGAAGCCAAAACCAUGGAAUACAACGAAACAUUGUGGAGGUUGUAGGAAAAGUCGAUCGCAUUCAUCGCCCUGUGGAUGUAUAGGAGCAAGAGGCUCCGGCGGCAAUUCUAAUAAACAAGCGAGGGUCAAAUCUCAGGGAGUAAGCAGUGGACAUUGCAGCCCUGGUGAAUCUGUAGCAGGUAGUAGCGGCGGGGCAGGGAGUGCAGCCUCUACAUCAUCGGGACAACCACCAGCGACUACAGUCGUCAAAGAGAUUCCAGGAUUUUAUUAUGACUCGGUCAAGAAACGUUAUUUCCGGUUGCUACCUGGACACAAUAAUUUCAAUCCCCUAACAAGGGAGAGUAUAGAGAAGAAAGAGGCAGAGAAGAAAAGACUGGAGCUGCUGAAUGACGACCAAGCCAUCGGCCAGAAGAAGGGAACAUCUAAUAGGAAUACAGUGUUUUGUCCACUCCAGAGAAGUUUACAAACUGGACAGCUGACUUCGAGACAAUUCAUGAGGUUCUCCCAGGAACACUCCCUUAGGAAUCUAGAUUUAAAACCAAGAAAGCUCGCUAACUUCCCAGACCAGUACUUUGAUGGAGAAUCAGGUGACAUUAGUUUCCUGCAGGUUGAUGAGUGUCAGCAGAGGGUUUUGAUGGUGUUAUCGCACGAUUACCUGAGCAGAAUGUGGCAAGGCACCAUCACCCCUGAUCCGUCUAAGCCUCGAUCAGUGUGUGUGUCUGACUGGAAAGUGAUAAACAUUAUCGGUACAAGAGUGACCAAGGUUACAAGUGCUUCUUGGGUUUCCUGCACUGACAAUCCAGAUGACCUACAAAUCAUAUAUUCUAUAUCCGGUGGUCCAAUGAGUUCUGUACAGCUACUGAGGUGCCCAAGAGAAGGAGACGGUCAUAACCACAUGACGUAUAGCUAUGAGAGCAAUCAUGAGUCUGCCUGGACGUGUACAUGGAGCAACAACCCAGUAGCUCCAUCAUAUCUUAGUAUAGGUUCAAGCAAUAAAGCCAUUGUAGUAGACACUGUUACUGCGUACAAGUGGAAGGUAUUCACCAAUCACAGCGAUGUCUUGGCCCAGGUGUUCUCUACAAGAAAACCAGUUCUCUACAAUGGUACUCGUCGUGGUGAGAUAUUGGGCUGUGACCUUCGAUCUUUGACCCAGACGAGGUCAGAUAUUACCUUGAGAAUGAGGCACAAAGUGGCUGUGUGUUCCAUCCGUCUUCUCAAAGAUGAGAACUACAUGGUAGCUAGCGAUAUGAGUGGGCAGGUCAAACUAUGGGACCUUCGUCAGUGUCUUUGUGUACAGGAGUUCAAAGGUCAUAAUAACCAGCACGCUCAUUUACCUAUCUCUGUCGAUUCAACUGAGAAAACUUUAUACGGAGUUGGCCAAGACAGUUACACCAGGCUAUGGAGCCUCCAUGAUGCCACUCUCCUGAGGACCAUCCCUUGUCCACAGCCACCAAGUCACCUAAGCCCUAGUGCUAUAUUCUCACAAGAAUGGAAACAUGGAACUCAACCCGGCUUACUGCUUGGGGUACAAAGAAACUUAUACUGGUACCCUUUAUGAUGCACACAGCAACUUGAGGCUGAAAGUCAAUUACUGUACCCUUUUCAGUGUUACAAAUGUGCAAUAAAAUGACCUAACAUGUGAACUCUAUAAAAGAUGGCAGAGGCAUGAUACAAGUCUAUUGACCCAAUUCACCAGGGCCCAAUUUCAUGGCUCUGCUUACCGACAAAUUCUGCACUUAAGAUCACCAUUCUUCGCUUACAAUCUGCACUAGUUGUGUAAGAGAAGAAUGCAGAGUAACGUGGACUAAGCAGGCAUACAAGCAGAAAUUCCCUGCUUGCCUGUGAAAUACACGUGACAGAAGCAUGGAAUUCCCUGCUUCCAUAAGCACCGAUUCUUUGCUUGCUUACGGUAAGCAGAGCCAUGAAAUUGGGCCCUGACAUCAUCACCCAUGAUAAGACUUGCUUGAGCCGUACUGGGAGACAGAUUCUCAUGUGCUACUGUGGAAUGUGUACCUUAAGAUGACACACGCACGGUUUGAGGCUCACCAUACAUUGUAUCUUUACAUGCAGUUUGACUCCCAAAAGGGCAGACCGAAAGCAGAGAGGAGCUGCGUGUGACAUCAAUGCAAGGGGUCCGUAAAGAUAGAUUUAUCAACGAGGGUUCGCUUUGGAAAAAACCUUAUGAAAUGUACAAGAAUAAAAAAGAUUCCUUUUUAAACGAGUGUAACGAAUUUGUCAUAAACUUUUUAAUUAUCAGAGUAAUUAUCCAACAUUAUCUUCAUUAAUUGCACUCAAUUUCCAACAAAGUUAUUUACAAUUUAGGUUCUAUUUAAUACAAAUUUAUUUUCCAGCUGACCAACUUACUAACAAUACCACUUCAUUAUUGAAACCUGUAAAUAAAAGCAUCUUUGAAACAAUAAAAUAAAGUUGCUUUACUUUUCUUGAUUUGCCAUUAAAGUUAGCAAUUAAAAAAUGCACACCUUCUUUGGUCUAUUACUUAUGUUUCAAAUCAAGGAAUAACGAUGGUAAAAUAUAUCCACCGUUUAUGUUUAUUUUGGCGAGAAGGGUAAAUAAAAUGAAUACUCACAGUUGUAUCAAUAAUCAUAACAUACUAUAAGGUGAAAGUCUCUCACAUUGGUCACUUUACUUAUGUUGCAAGAGUAUCUUUAAAGACAUAUUGCUGUAUUUCCUGCAUGGGGCAAUCGUUUCUUUGUUUAUUACUGUUAAAUUUUUUAAAGUGAACUCUCUAACUUUUAAGUUCGUAAAGAGUUUUUGGGGGGAGCUUUUAAUAAAUUUGGCAAUGUUUUGUACAAUUAAAAAAAAAAAAACUCCUUAGCAAUUUCUCCAUCCCAUCGGAUAAGAUAUAAUUGCAAUUUUAGCUAUUUGUUCACACACUUUAUGUAGAUGGUUAGUAUAACACCAAGACAAAGCUGAAAAAAGGGGGAAAAAAGAUUCUCAGAAUAAAAAAAAAUAAAAAAGUUUAAAUAAGGUGACAGAUUGGCAGUGGUAGGCAGCACUUGAUUCCCAACUGGAGCAUGUUUUAGGCUCUUUUCUAAAAUUUAGGAAACUUAAAGUAACUGAUCAUAAUCACUGCUUUCACCCACAAAAUGACCCCCAAAUGUUGCAAAUAUAACUGUUAUAUAUGCAACAUUUUGGGGUCAUUUCGUGGUAACUACAAAUGCAUGCAGUUACUCCACGGUAGUAGAAUAUAUAGCAGGGCAGUUCUCUAAAGAACAAACUCUACCUGGCAAGUACG